AUGUCUAAUAUUUCAGAUUAUCGUGUUAUAAAAUCAGAUGGUUUUCGAAAUCUGAAUCGGUUACAAAAUUCACAGUCUUUUAAAGGAUUUAUGAAUCUUUCAUUAAUAUCAAAUGCAUCUAAUGCAGCUUCUUCUACAAUUAAUACUAAUCAUAGUACAAGGCGACAAACUUUCACCACUGGAUCAAACUCUGGUAUUAUCAGAUAUCAUGAACAAAUAAAUCAGAAUUCAAAAAUAAGAGAUCCAAUACGACGACCAAAUUUAAACGAGCAAACUCAAUAUUCUAAUAACCAUCGUUUCUGUACAAAACGUCAUUCUACGACAUUUUAUACAUCAUCUGAGAGCACAUCAAUUAAAAGAUCAUGCUUACCCCCUGUUUCAUAUCCUACACUUACUAAAUUAAUCGAUAAAUCAUCAGAUGACAUUCUUGCUGAAAUGCUUCAUCCAAAUUUUCAAUUAAAUAAAUUUUUAAAUGAUAAACAUAUGCGAGAAAGAUAUGAUUGGAUUUAUUCAAUGACAAAAUUACUUGAAAAAACGACACAAUGUAUUGGAUCACGUGAACGUAUUCUAAUUGUCUUUAAACAAUUACCUGAUACACGUUAUCUCGAAGGUGUUUAUGAUGAAAUUAAAAAAUUUGAUCCGAAUACAAAUGAAUUACGUUUUAAAUUUAUUGAAUUAUUUCUUAAAAUAUCAAAUAUAUUUAUUGAUAUGAUACCUCAUUCAGUUAAUGGUUUAUCAAAAAUCUUUGAACGUAUCGAAUUAUUAUUUAUAAAAAAUAAAUUUGACUCACAUGAAUUCGAAGAUGCUAAACAAAUACUAGAUGAAGUACUUCAACGAAUAAAACAAAUUGAACAACGAGAACAAAAACGACAAGAAUUACUAAAUCUAACAAAUUGUAAAACAAUUAUUAAAUAUGAUAUUAAUCAACCACCUGAGAAUUAUCGUCAUUUAUCCAUAGUUCCUACCGUAAAAGAAAUUUUAUCUGAACAACAAACAUAUCUUCGAAAAAAUAUUGUUGAUGGUGUUUAUGAAAAUGCCGAACAAUAUCUUGAUAUUCAUUUUCGUCUUUUACGUGAAGAUUUUGUUGGACCAUUACGUGAUGGUAUUCAACAAUAUUUAUCGAAAAUUAAAGGAAAAAAUUAUAAUAUACGAAUAUAUGAAAAUGUUCAUUUAUAUGGUUCACGAUUAACUCCACAAAAUGGAAUUGUUUAUGAUUUACUUUUAGAUUCAAAAAUAGCAUCAAGAAUAUAUUGGUCGAAUAGUCGACGUUUAAUUUAUGGAAAUUUAUUACUUAUUACAUUUAAUAAUUUUCAAUCAUAUGUUUUUGUCACUGUUGAAGAUCGUUCACAAAUUGAAAAAAAUUUUAUUGUAUCAGUUAAAACAUUAGAAAAAUUUAAUCAAUAUGAAAGAACUCAAAUUCAUCUUGAUAAAAUUGAUUUUUCAUGUUCAUUAACAGUGAUUGAAACAAUGACAUAUUUUCAAGCAUAUGAUCCAGUUCUCAAUGCAUUAAAACAAAUACCUUCAGAUUAUAGAUUUCCACUUGCUUCAUUUAUUCUUAAAUUAACGAAAGAAAUGGUACCACCAGAUUACAUUAAACCAACAACAACAUAUGAUUUUACACCACUUCUUGUUCAUCCAGAUUCAAAUAUUAAAACAAAUCAUUCACUUCAUAAAGCAUUACCACAUGUUCCGUUAAUGAACUCUAUAAUUACAAAAGAAUUUGAAAUAAAUUAUGAACAAUCAAAUCAAAUUGAAAAUAAAUAUAAAAAAAUUUCAGUACUUAAUAAAGAUGAAUGGCCAACAAAUGAACAAUUACAUCUUAAUUUAAAACAAUACGAAGCUUUAAUUUUAGCAUUAACAAAUAAAGUUGCACUUAUACAAGGACCACCAGGAACUGGAAAGACUUUUCUUGGUGUACGUAUAACAGAAAUGCUUCUAUAUAAUCGAUCAGUUUGGUGUCCAUCUGAUGAACAAUCAACACCAAUUCUUAUCAUUUGUCAUACAAAUCAUGCACUGGAUCAAUUUUUAGAAUUAAUUGUAAAACGUUUAAACAUACAAGAAGGUUUUAAUAAUAAUUUUAUUAAAUUAAAUUUAUUAUUCAGAUUAUUUAUUUUAGGUAUUAUUCGUGUUGGAAAUCGAUGUCAAAAUUCAAGAAUUCAACAUUUUUCAUUAAGUAAUGCACGUCAAGUUGCUCGAGAGAAUCGUUCUAUACCUAAAGAUGUCUAUCAUGAAAAACGUGAAUUAUUAGAUGAAAAAAUAGAGACUGACUGUUUUUUAAAAUUACAACAAUAUAAAAUGGAUAUGUCAAAAAUAAAUAUAAUACCUCUUUUAUCACUUACUGAGUGUUCUAUUAUAAAUCAUAAACAUUAUAUUUCAUUAUUAAAACCAUAUUAUGGUUGUAUGACAGAAACAGCAUUAUUAGAAUGGCUUGGUCUUGGGAAUCAAUGUGAACAAAUACAGAAUCAUUUCAUUUAUAAUGAAAAUCUGAAAACAAAUAUUUCACAAAUGGAAAUAAAUGAUUAUAUAGAAGAAAAACAGACAACAGACCAAGAUGAAGAAGAAGAAGAAGAAGAACGUAGACGAGAUGAAUUUGAUACGGAAGAAUAUCAAUAUUUUCCUUUAUCAACUGUUCUAAAACCUGAAACAAUUAUAGGAAAUCCCAUGGAUAUUGAAAUACUAUCAAAAGAUAAGUAUAACAGUGAAGGAAAAUGGAAAACUCCACCAAACAACUCGAAUGAUAUUCAUCGAUUAAUUCAACAUAUUAUCAAAGAUCCUACAACUCUUAAUGAUAAAACAGUUAGACAAAUAAAUGAUGAUAUUUGGCAACUUACUAUGGAUCAACGUUAUGAUUUAUAUCGAUAUUGGCUUUUUAAAUAUCGACAAUAUUUACGUUGUUGUAUUCAUGAUGGAAAUAAAAAAUAUAAUAAAACUGCAUCAGCUCUUAUUAAACAUCGUCAAGAAGAAGAUUAUCAUAUUUUAAAAGAUAGUAUUAUUGUUGCUAUGACAACAACAUGUGCUGCUAAAUAUCAUACAGUUUUAGAAAAACUUCAAAGUAAAAUUGUUAUUGUUGAAGAAGCAGCUGCUAUAUUUGAAUCACAUAUAAUAACUGCUUUAAAUACAAAUUGUCAACAUUUAAUUUUAAUUGGCGAUCAUAUACAAUUAAGACCUAAUCCAAGUGUUUAUCGUCUUGCCGUCAAAUAUAAUAUUGAUAUUUCAUUAUUUGAACGUUUUAUUAAAAAUAAUUUUCCAAAUGUUCGAUUAAAUAUUCAACAUCGUAUGCGACCAGAAAUUGCUCGUCUUAUGAAACAUUUUUAUGAUGAUUUAGAAGAUCAUAUAACUGUUAAAACUGAUCGACCACCAAUACGUGGUGUCGAUAAUAAUCUAUUUUUUAUUAAUCAUGAUCAUACUGAAACAACUCUUAAUGAUGGAAGUUCUAAACAAAAUGAAUUUGAAGGUGAAUAUGUCAUUAAAUUAGCAGAAUAUUUUAUUAAACAAGAUUAUAAACCUUCACAAAUAACUAUACUUGUUAUGUAUCUUGGUCAAAAACAAUUUAUUGUUAAACAAGUUAAACAAAAAGGAAUUUUACAUGGUGUUAGAAUUAUGGUAACAGAUAAUUAUCAAGGUGAAGAAAAUGAUAUAAUUAUAUUAUCAUUAGUACGCAGUAAUUUAGAAAAAAAAAUUGGUUUUCUGAAAACACAUAAUAGAAUAUGUGUAGCUUUAUCACGUGCACGUUGUGGACUUUUUGUUAUUGGAAAUAUUAAUCUAUUUGCAGAAGUUGAUGAAAAAUGGAAGGAAAUUCUUAGAACUUUAUCGGAAACAAAUCAUAUUGGAAACGGUUUAUCUCUUUGUUGUCGACAACAUUCAAACUACAAAUUUUUAGCCGAUAAAGUUGAAUCUUUUGCACAACGUCCACAAGGUGGUUGUAACAGAACAUGCGAUGCUCGACUUAAAUGUGGUCAUACUUGUCAAUUGCGAUGUCAUAAUUAUGAUUUAGAGCAUAACGAUAUUAUUUGUAAUAAAAAAUGUAAUGAACGGUUAUUAUGUGGUCACUCAUGUGCAAAACAAUGCCAUGUUGAAACACCUGAUCAGCAUGGUUCAUGUCGUAUUCCGAUUGAAAAAACAAUUUCAGAAUGUGGUCAUCAAAUUUUUAUCGAAUGUUGUAAAACACCAACUAUCAAGGAUUGUAAAAAAUCAUCAUUAAAAAAAUUAACUUGUGGUCAUAUUGUUGAUGUUCCAUGUCGUAUUAUUCCAUCAUCAUAUGAAUUCAAACGAUUUCCUUGUCCAAGACCAUGUGAUACUAUUCUUGCUUGUCAACAUAAAUGUAUUGGAAAUUGUAGAGAUUGUCAUACAGGACGAUUACAUGUUCCAUGUGGAGAAAAAUGUGAACGUCAAUUAAUAUGUUCACAUGUAUGUAAAGUAUCUUGUGCAACUAAUUGUCCACCAUGUUCACGUCAGUGUGAAAUACGUUGUGUACAUUCUCGAUGUACAAGAAAAUGUGGAGAUAUAUGUACACCAUGCAAAGAGCAAUGUGCUUAUAAAUGUAGACAUCUUAAUUGUACUCGUUUAUGUUCUGAACCAUGUAGUCGUGGUCCAUGUAAUAAACCAUGUAAUAAGAAAUUAAAAUGUGGUCAUUGUUGUAUUGGUAUAUGUGGUGAACCAUGUCCUCGAGAAUGUCGUAUAUGUGAUAAACAUAUUGUAGAAGAAAUAUUCUUUGGUUCUGAAGAUGAGCCUGAUGCACGUUUUGUUUUGUUACCUGAUUGUAGACAUAUAUUUGAAGUAACUGCACUGGAUAAAUACAUCGAAAAUUUUAUAAAUGAUUCUGAUAAUAAAAUAGCAAUUCGUUUUCCUGAAUGUCCACGUUGUCGACAAAUGAUUCAUCGUUGUACACGAUAUACGUCAAUUAUAAAUCAAGUACAUAAUUCAAUAUCUCAAGUUAAAAAGAAAAUCUUGGGUAAUAAUUCUAAACAAGAAAAAAAUAAUCGACGAGAACAAUUAAUAAAAGAUUAUAAAAAAAUGAAAAAAAAUUUAAAAGAAAUUCCUCUUGAUAAAUCCAUGAUAGAUUAUUUUGGUAAAUUAUAUGACAAAAAUAAUUUAUUUUCUGAUAUGUUAAAUUUAAUGGAAAAUACUAUUGGAUUUAUUAAUGAAAUUGAUCAACUUUUAGUUGAUGGAUGUGAAAAAUUACAAAAAACUAUAUUGGAAGAUUUUGUUCUUUUUCCAUUACGUCAUAUUGUCAAAUAUUUAUUUAAACAACAACAACAACAUUAUAGAAAUUUUGCUGAACAACAAUUAAACGAUAUUCAGUCCGAAUUAAAACGUAUUCGUCGAGUUAUUUAUAUUGAAACUCUCGUUUUUUCAUUAAAACAAACUUUAAAAGAAAAUGAAAAAGAAUGUAUUGAUUCUAUGCUUUAUUUAACAAAAAAAUCUGGUCCAUUUACUGAUCAAGAUCGACAAAAAUUUGAUGAUUUAGUUAAAAAAUUUGAAUCUUUAAACAAUUUACCUGGUUUAGGAAUUAAUGAACGUGAACGAAUAGCUAUUGUUAGUGCAUUUAAUUUGUCAAAAGGUCGUUGGUUUCUUUGUCCAAAGGGUCAUCCUUAUAUCAUUACAGAAUGUGGUGGUGCCAAUCAAGAAAGUCAAUGUCCUGAUUGUGGAGAACAAAUUGGUGGAAAAAAUCAUCAAGUAUUAGCAACAAAUCGUCAUUUUGGUGUAAUGGAUAAUUCAGAACAUGCAGUUUGGUCAAAUGAAGCCAAUUUAAAUUUACGUCAUGCACUUUUUUGA